UGUGCCAAGUGCGGCCAUGAGCUGUUCUCCAGCCGAGCCAAGUACGAGCACUCGUCCCCGUGGCCAGCCUUCACCGACACCCUCCGGGAGGACAGCGUGGCCAAGCGCAAGGACCGCCCGGGGGCUUUAAAGGUGUCUUGUGGAAAGUGUGGCAGUGGGCUCGGCCACGAAUUCCUCAACGACGGGCCGCAGAGGGGGCAGUCCAGCUUCUGAAUAUUCCGAAGAAAAGGCUUUGGGAGGCCAAGUUCAGGGCAGAACCCCGGCCACGACGUGCUGUCCCUGUUGUCGGGCUGCGGUGGCUGGGAGAUGUUGGCUACGUGCAAAGCAGACAAGGACCUGGAGGAGAAGUAA